AUGUCGGCCGGCAGCACAAUUUAUAACUCUGUCUCUCAGGCUGACAACGAUGACCGACCUAUUCACAAGCCUGCACAGCCUGUGGACAAUGCCUCAGAGGUCGCAUGGCUUCCCAAUGAAGUCCUCAGCUGCAUUAUGCGCCAUGCAAUCGGACCUGUAACUCGCCUCUCUUGUCCAGAGCUGUUCGAUAGGGUUCAGACUCCGUGUUUGCAGAACACUGUACUGGAUUUGAAGUUGACCUGCCGUCGAUUCCACGAUAUUGUCAAUGUUCUAUUGAUCAUACCGAAUACUAUCGAUGUGCAGCUGUUAGGACCCGUGCCAGCGGGCGACCGGAAAAGAAUUACGGAGGCGUCCAACCAUUAUCAGGACAAAUUAUGGACGCGCCUGCUGCCUGCCAUCAGAACCAACUGGGCGUACAAUGUCGUUAUCCAUAUCGUACCGGAACUGCAAAGUCAAAGGGCUACGGUAAAUUGGGAGCAGCGUAACUAUCCUGGCGUACUCCACGGACGCAAAGACGACCUCACAGCCCGAAAAGCCAUGGUAUCUCAUCAAGCAGCAGCGCUUGUUCUCGCUUCAAUAAUGUACAAGAUCAUGGUGCGAUACUCGCAGCUCCGUGUCAGCCUUGUGUUUUACGAGGUCGAUGGAAGCCGUCCAGUUCAUGCGUCGGUGGAAGACGAAGCGCCGCCAAAGCCAGAAGUGUUGCCAUUCUGGGACUACAAGUCGGUCUGUUGCAUCAUCUAUCACUGGCGAUGGCUGUACAAUUUCCGCAGGCCAGGAGACAACAAUGUGCGAAAUGUUUUCAGAUUACCGACUCUUGCUGUGGCCAUAGACCACACAUCGAGGCGGCCCGGGGACAUCUGGACUCCGCGACAGGAUGUCAUCGGCAGUGUAAUCACGCAACUGGGACUGUCCCAAUACCUCUUCGACUUUUGCUCGAGCAUGGUGCACCAGGCUUGGACGGCGCGGCAGCCAUUGUGGUCUGAUACAACAGUGCGGCCAGCUAUUCGACAUUAUAUCCCUGGUUUUCGAGGACGAAGUAUCUUGUGCUCUGAAGACCGUCGGUUCGCGCUUUGGCUUACCACUACAAGUCUGCAAACCAACCCAAUGCGCUGUUUUGCUGUACAAAGGGCCGAGCGGUCGGCGUCGCUUCCCCUGACCAGACAGGUGGCCGUCGAGCUCAAUGUGCCCAAUGGCAGGUCUGCAUUGAUCGAUUCUUGGUCUUGA